AUGAAUCAAACUAGAGGUGUAAAAAAUGACUGCAUAUUGAUGGAUUCAGGAAGUGAUUAUAUGGUAUCAGACGAUGGUUUUUUGCCAAAAAAACUCAAAAAGAAGAAGAAGGUGCCACCACCACCUCCGCCCAUUAUUAAUAUACCUGGAUUUGUGCGUAUAAGUGGUGCAAGACAUAAUAUGGUUGUAUAUUUUGAGGAGCUGCGUCGUGACAAAUCAAGAAGAAAGAGGCAUGGUUCCUUAGUAGUUCAUGGUGCAAAAUACAUUAAAGAUCUGAUAGCAAAGGGACAUCAUAUAAAAAGCAUUGGAAUUACGGCACCAGAAGAUUUAAAGUCUGUUAAUGAUAUAGCUGGUCCAUCUAAAGAGGUUUUUCAAAACAUUAAUCAAUUCCCAGCAGAUCGUUAUUAUGUAACGAGUGUCGAAUGGACACGGAAAAUACUUGGCGGGGAAGCACGCGUUGAUAAUAGAGAAAUAUGGGCUGAACUUCCGUUUCCAAACAUUUCAUUUCCAAAAAAUAUUUCCAAAUUAUUGGUAUUAGACCAUGUAAUUGAUGGUGUAAAUAUGGGAAUGCUAAUUCGUGCUGCUGAUGCCUUGCGCUGGGAUGCUAGUUUUAUUAUUGCCGGUACUGUUGAUCUUUUUGACGAACAAGUAAUUCGAACAUCUCGAUGUACAUCUGUAACGUGGCCGUCAAAAACAGGAUUUUGGCAUGAUUUAUAUGCACUGACAAAGGAGCAUGAUUUAACACUGGUCAUAGCGGAUGCGAUGCCGCAUAAUAGAUCAAUCCAAAGCCAGAACAAUAUUUGUUUUUGGAAUCCGACCACACAAGAAAUUUAUAAUGAGAUACCGUCUUCUCGUAUUGCACUUGUGUGA